AUGUUAACAUUAUUAAUUGUUCAUUGCGGAAGUAUUUUAACCAAAUACUUCUAUGAAUCAACCAAUGGAAACAUCUCUGCAGGAAUCUAUGAGUUUCAUUUGUACGGCGGAACAGGAGGAGAUGCAUACUCUGAUGGCAUCCUCCAAAGUAACCACGGAGGAAGAGGUUCCUAUAUUAAAUAUAGAUUUCGUGUUGAGCAUAGUGAAUCUUAUGAAAUAAUAAUUGGUGGAAAUGGUCAUUCAGGGCCUGUCGGAGUCAAUCACUUUGGACUUCCUAACGGAGGAAAUUCCGGAAAUAGUCCGUCUAAUUUGAAUGGUGUUGGUUCUGGUGCAGGUUCAACGAUUUUGAAACUUGGGGGCCAAGUUGUUGCAGUUGCAGCUGGUGGAGGAGGUGCUGCUAUGAACUUUGGAGGCUCCCCAGGUGGUGGCAUCGGCUACAACUAUCGAUAUGUGAAUAAUACUUGGAUCAAAAAUUUUGACUCAAUGUAUUUCCUCGAUACUGGUUUCGGAGGAAAUGGUACUGAUAGUACUUGUUAUCCGGGUUCUGGUGGAGGAGGAGGAUAUAAAGGAGGAAUUGGUGGUAAUGGGACUUGCAUCACUCCUUAUUAUAAUAUCCUCUCCACUAGCGGAACUUCUUUUGUUAAUGAGAAUUAUAGAUUGUAUUUAUCUUCUUUUGUAGUUGAUGGUUUGCAUUCUUAUAAAGGAGAUAACAUGAUGAUAUACUCAUUAUGUGGUAAUAAGUGUACUAGCUGCAAUACAAGUUUGAAAUCACUAGAUACAUUUGUUGGAUUUAAAAUAGCGGAUUAUGAUUGUUCAUGCUUUCCAUAUAAACCGCUUUUAGAUAUGCCUAAAUCCGGAUCUCGCUCGCUCUUGCAAACAUAUAACGGUUUUAUUUGUAAUGUUUCUUGUCCUGUACACUUUUACCAAAUCAAUACUACAUGUUUUAGUUGCACAAGUAAUUGUGACUAUUGUGAUGAUAAUUUUACAUGUUUGAAGUGUUCGUAUCCAUUCAUUCGAAAAGGAUAUGAAUGCGUGGACACUUGUGGAGAAGGCUAUUAUGUGACUUAUGUUGAUGAAAAUAGAAAUGGCAAUCUUUUAUAUGAAAAACGAUGUGAAAGAUGUUCCCCUUAUUGCAUAGAGUGUGAUGAUUCCAAAACAUGCAAAAGUUGCAAAGAAGGCCAUAAAUUGAUAGAUGGCUAUUGCACUGAGGAAUGUGAAGCGGGCUACUAUGAAGAAAAUGGAGAAUGCAAAAAAUGCCCAAAAGGUUGUUUAAUAUGUGAAAGUGAUAAAAAAUGCUUGGAAUGUGAUCAAAAGCUUGUUCUCGGAGCAUAUCAAGAUGCAAAUGUUUGCUAUCCUACAAAAAAUUCUCAAUUCAAAAGAAAACUUUCUUUUUCAAUAACAGUUACUUUGACAUUGUGUAAAUGA